AUGGAUGAUCAAAACCUGCUACCUCCUCAAGCCGCUGCCAGCUCCGUUGGAGAGUCAGCACCGUCGACGACGCCGCAGCCCAACGGUGCAGAGGUUCCUACAGCCUCUGCCCACUGCAGCGUCGUGGGCACCCAGCCACCGUCACUGUCGGGAUCAGUCACAGGGGUUCCUAGCGACCGAGACUGUGUCGAGCCCCGCCCUCCAGUGGAUGUCGAAUCUCGGACCCGAAAGCAAAAAUCACCCAAGCGACACAAGAAGAGGCGAUUGUCAGUUGAAGAACAGGACAGGGAUGUGAAGCCGGCGGAAGACAUCGACUUUGUUGACUCGCCCACAAUUGCAACGGACUCCAGUGGCAUCAUUCACCAGAAGGUGCCUGAAGACAAGGAACACUCUCCUACAUCUUGUGCCCCAGAAAACGAGGCGCACUGCGUCGACUCCCAAAAUGUGGGCUCCUGUGAAAGCGUCCAGCCCCCAAUGACAUCACAAUCGUCUCUUGGUGAUUGGGCAGACGAUAUGGAGGCAGAUGAUGCACAGCAAACAUCGAUAUCUCCACCAGAGCCCAUGGCUGACAUUGAGCCCGGAGGGCUCUGCCAAUCAGGGACUCCUACGGCACAAGGUGAUUUGGACGACGGCGUGCCUGUGUGCCCAGGCCUGUGGAAGACGCGCUACACGAUGGCGCUACUGUGCCUCCUGGGGUUGACCUCCAGCUUGACAACGCGCGUCAACCUGUCGGUGGCCAUCGUGGACAUGGUCAACGAGACGGCCGUGCGGGAGCGGGACUCCAACGGCAGCGCCCUCUUCUUCUUCGAUCCUGACGCCUGUCCGGGGGAGCUGGCGGUCAGGGGUCAGGGUGGUCGCAAAGAUGGCGACUUCACGUGGGACAAGCAAAAGCAGGGUGAGCUCCUGGCUGCCUUUUACUACGGCUACGUUAUCGGACACGUUCCCGGCGGCAUGCUUGCCGAUUACUUUGGAGGGAAGAUAGUGUUCGCAGUCAGCGUCUUCGUUUCGUCUCUGCUCUCUGUUCUCUCUCCGGCUUCGGCGUGGGCUGGUGACUACGUCCUCUUUGCCAACAGAGUCGCACAGGGACUGGUGCAGGGUGGAAUAAUACCAACCAUACAAACUCUUAUCUGCAGGUGGGCGCCAGACCACGAAAGAAGCAAGUUCUCUAUAAUUUUUCUAGGGCAAUACGUCGGUACGGUGUUAUCAAUGGCAGCAACAGGCGCUCUAUGCGCGACGUCGCUACGAUGGCCUCUGACCUUCUACGUGUUUGGCGGCGUCGGACUGCUAUGGUGUCUGCCAUGGUGGCUGCUGGCUUCUGAUUCGCCAGCACAGCACAAGAACAUCGACCCGGAUGAGCGUCGAUACAUCGAGGCCACUAUACAAUCGAGUGCCAAGCAAAAGCUGCCCGUGCCCUGGAGAAGCUUGCUGUCGACGCCAGCUAUCUGGGCGCUGGUCGCGUACUUCGUAACUUACGACUGUACCUUCUACCUGUUUCUCUCUUCGCUGCCGCUCUAUAUCGCCGACAUCUUGCACUUUGAUGUGGAAAGUAAUGGCAUCCUAUCUUCUGUUCCUCACAUCACUGGCGCAGCUGGUAAUUUGCUGUUUGGCUGGUUGAUUGACCUUAUUCUCCGGAAGGACUACGUGUCAAAAAUGUGUGGAUUCCGUAUCAUAAACGGAAUAGGUCUGUUGGUUCCCGCGGUGGCGCUGGUGGUGGUGGCGCUGGUGGGCUGCGACUCGGCCGCCAUCGUGGCGAUGCUGGCGCUGAGCGGCUUCUGCAUGGCCUCUCACUGCACCGGCAUCUACAUGAACAUGCAGGCCAUAGCGCCCAACUACGCUGGCACCAUCGUCGGUUUCGUCAACACCUUCGCCAACAUAUCGGGCAUCAUCGUCCCGUACAUCGUUGGAGCCGUCACAAAUGCAAAUCCGACACGGGCGACGUGGAACAUGGUGUUCUACAUGGCAGCGGCGGUGUUGGUAGCGGGAUACGUCCUCUACGCCGUCUUCACCACCUCCGAGGAGCAGCCUUGGAACGUCCCACCCACAGAAAACGGAUUCUCAGUGAAGAACGACAAGGGCAUCGUAAAUACCACCUUUCACGGGGACGACUCUCAACGCAACAGCUGAAAGUUUACUACACCAGCAUACUUUGCAGCCCAUCUGCCUCAAUCUUAGAUGUUCUUAUUUAUUGUAAUUUCACCGCCUAUC